AAAAGAAGAAAAAAAAUUCAACUCUCUUACCGCGGUUUUCUUCCCUUUUCCUGUUCUCUAUUUUACUUACCUGGCUUUUGUCUUGUUUCUUAAAAGGUUGGCGUCCCACUUCCCACCGCUUCACUAACGCGCAGGAAAUCAGCUUCUUGCUUUGAAUUUUAAACCCUAAGCUAAUCCUCAAUUCCACUUCUGCAUUCCAAUUGUUGCUCUUCUUUUCUACGAGUCAAGUUGUCUGCUGUUCAUUGCAGUUAAGACAUAAUUAAUGAUUUGGUCGAAGAACAAAACAGACAAUUCUACAUUCGUUUGGGAUUUAUUAUCAGUUUGAACUUUGAACAACCGACCGUAUGCCUUCUAAUGCUUUGAUGGCUCAGUUAAGCCUGCAACUGCAAACGAUCUUCUUUUAUUUUUACCAUCCAAAUUUGAUUGUUAUUUAUCAAGUUAUGAAAGGUUUCCAGUCAUUUCUCACCAUCUGUUUUCUUUAAAGAAACUAAUAUUCAUCCAUGGAUGAAAUAAAUUAAAAAAACUAAUGACCUGUUUUACUUUAAAAGAGGAACAAAACUUUUUAUAUGAAUUUUGUUUUAAUAUUGGAAAAUGAUAUUUAAUGCCGUGACAUUUAUAAUAACGUGUUCUACUAUCAACGUGGGUGGUACCGACAUUACUAGACAGUUGUCUUAAUUUUGAUAAUUAGAUUGGGAUUAAAUAUUAUGAAUUAGGUUACAUCCACUCCUAUUAUUGUUCAAAGGUAAUUAAAUAUUUACACCAAGUUGGGUGAAUUUGCAUGACACACAAGUGCCGAGUAGCUUGUCUCUGUUUCGAGAUGACCCAAUAUGAACACGAGACCUUGCCAUAUUAUUUAAUUACUUAUUCAAUUCAAUCUAGUUUUCCAGGUGGGCCAUUUUCUCUCGCCUUUUGUGGUCAGUUCUUUGACAAAAAUGCCAAGGACAAUUAAUUUUACAACAAUUUUUCAAUUUCUUUGGUAUUUCCAAUUUGUAUUCAUCUUUUUCUUUGGUAUUUCCAUUAUUUGCAUUUUCUUUCCAGGUUCAUUGAUAAAUUCACUGUUGAUGGAACUUGACCAAUGUCUUGAGCCUUGUAGUAGAUGAUUUAGCUUCUCCAACCUUCAAAGUAACCGUAAACAAUGGAUAAACCAGUUCAGGUAGUCCGUUCUGGAUAUAUUUUCUUGGUUCUUAUGGGGUUUCUGGCAUUACUUGAAGGAGUGAAAGGAGAUCCAAGAGCCAAAACAGUGAAUAUUUCAUGUGGCCACCAACUUGAGCACAACGGGACCAUCUAUGUUUCUAACUUUGUUGCUACAAUGGAGAAUAUCAGUGAACAGAUGCGUGAUUCGGGCUUUGGAACAGCCGUUACAGGUUCUGGGCUUGAUACGAACUAUGGUCUUGCUCAGUGUUAUGGGGAUCUAUCGUCGCUUGACUGCGUAUUGUGCUAUGCCGAGGCACGAACGGUUCUUCCUCAAUGCUAUCCGUUCAACGGGGGUCGCAUUUUUCUCGACGGAUGCUUCAUGAGAGCCGAGAAUUAUAGCUUCUUUGAGGAGCACACAGGACCAGACGACAGGGCAGUGUGCGGGAAUACUAGCCGCAAAGGGUUGAAUUUUCAAGAAUCAGCACGGCAGGCAGUGACGCAUGCAGUUGCUGCUGCAUUGGAAAAUGAAGGGUAUGCUAAGGCUCAGGUGGCAGUUUUGGGAAAAAAUGAGUCAGCUUAUGUUUUGGCUAAUUGCUGGAGGACAUUAAACAAUACUUCUUGUAAAACAUGUCUAGAGAAUGCAUCAGCAUCGGUAUUAGGGUGCUUGCCUUGGUCCGAGGGACGCGCACUCAACACUGGCUGCUUCAUCAGGUACUCUGACACCGAUUUCCUCAAUAAAGAACCCGGAAAUGGAAUAUCAAGAGGAACCGUUAUAAUCAUAGUAGUUUCUAUCGUCAGUUCCCUGGUUAUUUUAGCGAUCGGAGUUGCUAUUGGAGUCUAUAUCUGGAAGUACAGAUACAUACAAAAGAAAAGACGAGGUUCAAAUGAUGCAGAAAAAUUUGUGAAACUCCUUCAUGAUAGCAACUUAAACUUCAAGUACUCUACACUCGAUCGUGCUACGGGAUUUUUCAAUGAUGCCAACAAGCUUGGGCAAGGAGGAUUCGGGACGGUUUAUAAGGGAGUUCUACCUGAUGGAAGAGAGAUUGCUGUCAAAAGGUUGUUCUUUAACAAUCGACAUAGGGCAGCCGAUUUCUACAAUGAAGUCAAACUUAUAAGCAGUGUGGAGCAUAAAAACCUGGUAAGGUUGUUGGGAUGCAGUUGUUCGGGACCUGAAAGUCUUCUCGUCUAUGAAUUCCUCCCAAACAAGAGCUUGGAUCGUUUCAUCUUUGAUCCCAUCAGAGGCAAAUUACUAGAUUGGGAGAAGAGAUACGUAGUUAUUAUUGGGACUGUAGAAGGUUUAGUUUAUCUUCAUGAGAACUCCGAGACCAAAAUUAUUCACAGAGAUAUAAAAGCUAGCAAUAUCUUGUUGGAUUCGAAGCUGCGAGCUAAAAUUGCCGACUUCGGGUUGGCAAGGUCUUUCCAGGAAGAUCAGAGUCACAUCAGCACUGCCAUUGCCGGAACCCUAGGAUAUAUGGCUCCGGAGUACCUAGCCCAUGGCCAGUUAACCGAGAAAGCAGAUGUCUAUAGUUUCGGGGUGCUUUUACUCGAAAUAGUUACAGGGAAGCAAAACAACAAGAGCAAAGCAACAGAAUAUUCAGACAGCAUAGUAACAGUUACUUGGAGACACUUUCAGUUAGGGACAAUGGAGGAGAUUUAUGACCCAAAUCUAAUGUUACACAAUGACAACCAUGGCAGCAACGUUAGGAAUGAAAUUUUCAGAGUGGUACAAAUUGGACUUCUUUGCACCCAAGAGAUCCCAUCACUGAGGCCAUCAAUGUCGAAGGUACUACACUUGCUAACAAAGAAAGAUGAAGACCUCCCUGCACCUACUAAUCCACCUUUUUUGGAUGAAAAGAUGGAAUUCAAUGAGACAAGUGACAACGAAUGCUAUCCCCUCAACCGAGCUGAUAAUGAUUCAAUUGCCACUGUCACCCACAGUUCCUUCUACGGAAGAUGAUCUUUAGAACAUGGUUGGACGAUCCGACGCCACUCGCAAUUUUUUUAAGGCGAAUGCUUCAAAAUAACGUAUAUAUUGGGGGGUUGAGAUAAAAGAGCAUACGACUCUAAUGUACAAAACUAUUACCGUACUAUGAAUUUUUUGUGUCCAUUUAUAGUUCAUCAGAUCAUCUAUUAUUGAUACGGUAAACAUAUAGAAAAUAAUGAUUCAGUUAUACGGAAAAUUCCAUUCCCUAUCCCAAA